GAUCAACAUCUCCUUGAAGUUGUUUCAUAAGAAUAAGAGCUAUAAAAGAGGAUAAAACCAAAAUUUGAAUUUUUUUCUUCUAUCUCUCUCCCCAAGAUAUAUAGCACAAGAAAAUGAAGAUACCAUCAAUUGGCUAUGUCUUUUUCCUUAUCUUCAUCUCUAUUACAAUUGUUUCGAGUUCACCAGAUCAUGGAGAAGUUGAGGACGAAACGCAGUUUAACUACGAGAAGAAAGGAGAGAAGGGGCCAGAGAACUGGGGAAGACUAAAGCCAGAGUGGGCAAUGUGUGGAAAAGGCAACAUGCAGUCUCCGAUUGAUCUUACGGACAAAAGAGUCUUGAUUGAUCAUAAUCUUGGAUACCUUCGUAGCCAGUAUUUACCUUCAAAUGCCACCAUUAAGAACAGAGGCCAUGAUAUCAUGAUGAAAUUUGAAGGAGGAAAUGCAGGUUUAGGUAUCACUAUUAAUGGUACUGAAUAUAAACUUCAACAGAUUCAUUGGCACUCUCCUUCCGAACACACACUCAAUGGCAAAAGGUUUGUUCUUGAGGAACACAUGGUUCAUCAGAGCAAAGAUGGACGCAACGCUGUUGUCGCUUUCUUUUACAAAUUGGGAAAACCUGACUAUUUUCUCCUCACGUUGGAAAGAUACUUGAAGAGGAUAACUGAUACACACGAAUCCCAGGAAUUUGUCGAGAUGGUUCAUCCUAGAACAUUCGGUUUUGAAUCAAAACACUAUUAUAGAUUUAUCGGAUCACUUACAACUCCACCGUGUUCUGAAAAUGUGAUUUGGACGAUUUCCAAAGAGAUGAGGACUGUGACAUUAAAACAAUUGAUCAUGCUUCGAGUGACUGUACACGAUCAAUCUAACUCAAAUGCUAGACCGCUUCAGCGUAAAAAUGAGCGUCCGGUGGCACUUUACAUACCAACAUGGCAUAGUAAACUAUAUUAAAUAUUUAAGUUUGGUUUAUAUUCUUUCUAGUAAUCUUUGAAAUAUUGUAAGAGAUAAUGCUUCUAAUAAAUAACAUUGGAUUUAUUGGAAUUAAUGUAUUGAAAAAACUAUGCAAAUACUACAGUGUAUUUUGGAACGACC